AUGGACACUCUAAUUGGACUGCAACAUGAAUUCCAGCUGCAGCAUCAGACGCUGCACCUGGCUGCAGUGUAUGUACACGUCGUGUUGCAGCAGCAGCUUGUGGAAGAAACGGCGAUGCAUCUCCUUCGGCACAAGUGCGAGGCUGGGAAGCUGCAGCUGCAGCUGACUCUGCUGCACCAGAAGCACCAGCAGCAACAGCAGCAGCAACAGCUGCAGCAACAACUGCAUCAACAGCAGCAGCGGCGAAUGCUGUCAGUGCUGCCAAUGUCCCUGCAAAGCAGGCGUGCUGUCGCAGCCGCAAUAACAGGAACUAGUGGUCUAAAACACAGUGACAGCACUCGGUGCAGCGGCAGCACCAGCAGCGGAUAUGACAGCAGCAGCAGCAACAAUUGCAGUGAGGACACAGCAGUAGAAAGUAGCACCCUAUGCAAGCGGCCCCAUCCUGAGGCAGCCUCAACAACAAAAGAAACAGCAGCAACAACUGCAGCAGCAGCAGCAGCAUGCAGCACGCCCUUUCAUCCAAAGGUGUGCAGCAGCAGCAGUAGCAGCAACAAUGAGUUUGACUCGUGCCGCUGCUGUCCACAGCAGCAGCAGCAACUAACCCCCGAAAUGCGCAAGCCUUCAUGCAUUAACGGUGGAGGCUGGCUGCAGCAGCAUGCCCCAGCAGUACAAUCAGCAGCAGCAGCAGCAGCGCAGCAGCAGGAGACGUUAGAGCUGCUGCUGCUGCACCUAGCAGCAGCAGCAGUCUGCCCAAAGCCUGUGUUGCAGCGGCUUUGCUGCUGCUCAGUUGCUGCUGCGAAGGUCGCCGACGUGUUUGUGGAGAGAAGCCAAGAGUAUUACAAAACAAAUAAUGCUUCUGCGUAUGCGGAGUCUGCUGCUGCUGCUGCUGCUGCUGUUGCCGCAGCUAAUGCCUUCAACAAGCAGCUGACUGCUGCAGUGGGAGCAGCAGCAGCCACCGUUGCUGACACAGUCGAUGUUUCCAGCAGCAGCAACAACAACAAAAGCAAAUACCCCACACGGAAAGUAUUCCAAGGCAUUACCCAUGAGCUCGUUAUGCAACACGAACUAAGACAGCAGCGGGGGCAGCUGGAACAGGAGAAACAGCAACAGCAGCAACAGGCGAACGAUUUGCUGCAGUGGUUAGGUUGCUGCAAUUCCGAGACCCCUAAUAUGCUUCCUGAGUCGAACGCAGCACUGCCGACUUCAUUAGCAACAGCGCCAACGUCACCAGCAGCAGCAACAACAGCAGCACAUGCUCGUGCUGCAGUCCAGCCACUGGAGGUGUUGCUGACAGCAGCAGUUUUGUUGUCAGAAGAAGAGAAGCUGUUGCAGCUGCUGCAAUUUGAUUUGCUGCAACACGCCUCUCCCUAUGCCGUCCUUUCUACUCUCUGGUCGGUCGCCGAAGCAUCUGCUGCUGCUAUCGCAAAGCGCGUGCUGCAACAACAACAGCAGCAGCAGCAGCAAGAACAGCCCCACACAAGGCAAUUCCUCCUGUGUUCUGUUGCUGUGGAGGCCCUCAGAGCACGCCCCGCUUGCCCUCCUCUGAUGCUAGAGCAGCAGCAACCGAAGCAACAAGACCAGCAGCAGCAACAGCAGCAGCGCCACCAGCAAGUGUAUCAGCGGUACACACACAUUCUUGUUGCUGCUGCUUUAAUAGUAGCAGCGCCAGUAGCAACGACAAGUACAGGAGGUGCACCCCCACCAGGUGCAACGACAACGAACACAACAACAGCAGCAAUAUUAGCAGUAACUGCAGUAUUCGACGAGGUUGCUGCAGCAACACUGGGGGUGCUCCUCCCCUUCUCUUUCUGUUGGGCUCCUUGUGCUUGCCUCCUGCUGCACGGCUUCUGUCCGCUGCUGCAGCAGCAGGGCCUGCUGUUGUUGCUGCAGUACGGCAUCAUGUAG